AUGAAUGAUGGAUAUUCAGUUGAUGUGGAGCUUAAACUUUCUAAUCAGAUCAAUGGUUCUAGUUUCAGAGGUGAACUUUUACUUAAUAGUGGAGAAUUAAAACAAAUUCUUAAUCAUCUUCAAAAAUUAGAUUUAUAUACUUUUGAAUUAUCCCCAGAACCACUAAAUACUCGCACAUAUAAGAAUCUUCGUAAAAAGAAUGUUAAUGGGAUAAAGAAUGAUAAUAAGAGGCUAAAAAGUUCUCGUCCAUCAUAUUCACGCGAGCUGAAAGCACUUUUAGGAGAUGAUAUACACAAAUAUAAUAUUAUAUCUGAAAGUCGUUCUAGCCAUCUAGGUUCAACUACAGUUCAAUCAUACGAAGAGAGCGUAAGAAAACUUCCGGAUUGGGCUAAAAGAUUUCAUAGAGUACUAAAGAUGAUUUCUAUUCAAGAUAUAGUAGCCCCUUUUGUUUCAAAUGUUUCUGUAUCUACUAUAAGCUCUUAUAUGCAAGCAAAUUCCUUAAGUGAUGAAGAAUGUAGUGGGGAUCAUUUAAAAGAGAGUGCAAGACGGUAUUUAGAAUUUCUAAGACGAUGUGAACCUUUGGAUCAAAUAUCAUUACAGAGAAUUCUACAGAAACUUGAAAAUAAUGAAUAUGAAACAACUGCAAGUGUAUUUAAUGAUGUUUAUUCAGUCUGGAUUUGUGGAUUUCGUGCAGAUAAUCCGGGAAGUCCCUUAUGGAUGAAAUCUGUUGAAGCAGCAUUAAAUUUUAAUCUUAAAUUAUGUUGUGAACCACUACAGGACGAUUUCAAUAUGUCUAUUCCCUCUAUAAAAAAUAAAACUUCAUCUUUUUGUGGAAUUAGGCCAAACUCUAAAGAUAUAAAUUUGGAACCACCUAGGAAAAUACCUAAUUUGUUAAAAAGUCCACAUAACGAAUUUAGUCAUCUUAAAUCACGAAUAAAUAAUUCUGAUAAACGGAACUUAAAUUAUUCUACAACAAAUUCAGCAACAAAUAUCCGCAAUAAAGGGAAAACAAAUAAUUUACACUCAUCUAUACGUUCUAAAAGUAUAACAGAUACUGAGAGACAAGAAUUUCAAUCUUUACUCAGUCAACUAUCUCAAAAUAAUCAUGUUGACUUAUUUAAUUCAUUUUCAGAAACUGCUCACUGGAGAGAAGUUAAUUCAGGUGAAGUUGAAUUAGAUGACCAAUUAACACCACCAAAUGUAUUUAGAGAUAUGAUUUUAUGGUGUAAGAAUAAAUUAAAUAUUCCAUUAUCAAGUGAAGGUCCAUCUGGAAAAUUAGGUAAAAGUACUCGUUAUGGGAGUACUGUCAACUCUACAAGUUCAUCUACUAAAAAGUUGCGACAGGGAAUAUUAAAACCUCAUAGUAAAAAAUCACAGCUUUCAGCAAAACAAUUCUUUUCAACAGGAAGAGCUUUUAACUCACAAUCUUCUGGAAGUGAAGAUGAGGAUGAGGAUGAGGAUGAACCAUUACGUGAGAAUAUUUCGAUAUCUGAGAAGUGGAGAUCUAUUGUAUCUUCAGAUGAAUCUGAUAGUGAGCCUGAACUUACAAGUUUUUAUCCACAUUUUGGCUCAAAAUAA